UUGUAGGACGCAAGGCAGCAUACAUUCUUCGAUCCAUGGCAUAGCGGAACAAACAGUGCCCGAAAGCCGCCGCUGUUCUUUCCCGUCUCUGCACUUGUUUACUCCCAAAAAUCACUUCCCCAGCGCAGCAUGAUCUCCAUUCCCCAAUCCCCCGGCUCCGCCCUACAGCGCCGCACGUUCUCGCCCCGCGGUCCCCGUCCCGCAGCGCGCGCCAGCCAGAUCGCCCCCACAACGACGCGCGAUCCCCUCUAGCUAAGCACUGGAUCGAUUCGCCCCUGCCGUCGCCCCCAUGGCCAUGUAUCGCCCCGAGCAUCCCAGUCCGCCAGCCCGCCGCCGCCGCCUCGUCGUGCUCCUCCUGCUCGCCUUCUUCGCCCUCCAGCUCCUCGUCUUCCUCGCCUUCCGAGCGGUGCGCCCUCCUCCGGCCCCGGCCUCCUCCACCGCCGCCGUCGUCUCCGUACCGGGGCCGGUGCUUUCGCGCGUCGGCGCCGAGGAUUCGAGCUGCGGGAGCGGGCUCGUGUACAUCUACGACCUCCCCGCGGUCUUCAACCAGGAGCUGCUGGGGUUGUGCGACUCGCUGGCGCCGAUGUACUCGAUGUGCCCCUACCUCGCCAACGACGGGCUCGGGUUCCCAGCGGGAGGGACCAACCUGUCCGCGGUCCUGCCGCGCGAGCUGCUCGGGUCGUGGUACGCGUCCGACCAGUUCGCGCUGGAGCACAUCGUCCACCGCCGCCUGCUAUCGCACCGGUGCCGCACCACCGACCCGGCGCGCGCCGCGGCGUUCUUCGUGCCGUUCUACGCGGGGCUCGCCGUGGGGCGCCACCUGUGGGCGGCGAACGCCACUGACGCCGACAGGGACAGCGACUGCGUCGCGCUGCUGUCGUGGCUCCACGCGCAGCCGUACUACAAGCGGUCCCACGGCUGGGACCACUUCAUCGCGCUGGGUCGCAUCACCUGGGACUUCCGCCGCACGCCGGACGGCGGGUGGGGUGGCAGCUUCCUCACCAUGCCCGGGGUGGCCAACAUCACCCGCCUCGUCAUCGAGCGCGACCCCUGGGACGACAUGGACGUCGGCAUCCCGUACCCCACCGGAUUCCACCCGCGCACCGCCACUGACGUGCGCGCGUGGCAGCGGUACGUCGCGCGGCGCCCCCGCCCCAGGCUUUUCGCCUUCGCCGGCGCGCCGAGGUCCUCAAUCAAGGGCGACUUCCGCGCUCUGCUGCUGGAGGAGUGCCAGGCGGCCGGGGCCUCGUGCGGCGCGCUGGACUGCGCCGAGGGCAAGUGCAUCAAGAAUAACGCGCUCGUCAUGGAGCUGUUCAUGGGCGCGAGGUUCUGCCUGCAGCCGCGUGGGGACAGCUUCACGCGGCGGUCGCUAUUCGACUGCAUGGUGGCCGGCGCCGUGCCGGUGCUAUUCUGGCGGCGGACCGCGUACCAGCAGUACGGGUGGUUCCUUCCAGUCGACGGGCGCGAGGGAGAGUGGUCCGUGUUCAUCGAUCGCAACCAGCUCCGCGCGGGGAACCUCACCGUGCGCGGCGUGCUGGCGGCCAUCCCAGAGUCGCAGAUGCGGCUGAUGCGGAAGCGCGUGGUGAAGAUGAUCCCGACACUGGUGUACUCCGCGGCGGACGGGGACGGGCUCGGCGGCGGCAUGAAGGACGCCGUGGACGUCAUGGUCGACGGCAUGCUGCGGCGGGUGCCCGAGCACCACCGGAGCUGGAGGUGAACGUGAUUUUAGUUACUGGAGAGGAGCAGAUCGAUCAUUUUUUUACAUUUUUUUUUCUUUUUCUGACUUCUUUUGUGUGAACUAUUGUACACCCGAAAGAUUGCUGCUCGUCGUCUCGAGUUGUAUCACUGCGGCUGUAGUUGUAAAUUUACACGCGUUACAACAGAAUCAGAGAGCCCGAAUUCGCGUA